GCGGUUAGAGAGAGGGCAGAGGCAACGGCCCUCUUCUGGAGGGGGGGCUUAUUAUAACAAAUAUAUACACACGUGUGAACGGUGUGGCCGCACGAUAGGUCAUAUGUGGAUAACAAUUAUUUUUAGAAAAGCAUACAACCGCGGCUAUACAUUUAAAAUGCCUAUUUUACUUUUCCUGUUAGACACGUCCGCCUCUAUGAAUCAGCGCACUUAUUUGGGUACGACGUAUCUGGACGUUGCUAAAGGCGCGGUUGAGGUCUUUAUGAAGCUGCGUGCCCGAGACCCGGCUAGUAGAGGCGACAGGUACAUGCUAGUUACAUUCGAUGAUCCACCAUACGGAGUGAAGGCAGGCUGGAAGGAGAACCAUGCUACCUUCAUGUGCGAGCUGAAGAACCUGCAGGCAUCUGGGCUAACUACACUGGGCCACGCACUUCGCACAGCCUUUGACCUGCUUAACCUCAACCGACUCGUCUCAGGCAUCGACAACUACGGACAGGGCUGUAACCCCUUCUUCCUUGAGCCAUCUGUGAUCAUCACCAUCACCGACGGGAACAAGCUCACACACACCUCCGGAGUGCCAGACGAUCUGCACCUGCCUCUAAACUCUCCUUUGGCGGGCAGCGAGCUGACCAAAGAGCCCUUCCGCUGGGACCAACGUCUGUUCGCGCUGGUGCUGCGGCUGCCGGGAGCAGCCACACCAGACAACGAGCAGCUCGGUAGCGUCCCAACCGAUGAGUCUGCCAUCACCCAAAUGUGUGAAGUCACUGGAGGUCGAUCAUACUGCGUGCGGACGCAGAGGAUGUUGAACCAGUGUUUGGAGUCUUUGGUCCAAAAAGUUCAAAGCGGUGUCGUCAUUAAUUUUGAGAAAACCGGGCCCGAUCCGCCUCUAGCCGGGGAUGAGAAUUCUGUGGAGUCAGGUCGUCCCGCGUCAUCUUUCAGCACUCAGCCGUGGCACAGCUGCCACAAACUCAUCUACGUGCGGCCGAACCCAAAGACGGGCGUGCCGGUCGGCCACUGGCCCAUACCAGAGUCAUUCUGGCCAGACCAGAACUCUCCAACUCUGCCGCCUCGCACCGCUCAUCCCACGGUACGUUUCUCGUGUGUGGACUGCGAACCCAUGGUGAUAGACAAGCUUCCCUUCGACAAGUACGAACUGGAGCCCUCUCCGCUCACCCAGUUCGUCCUGGAAAGGAAGUCUCCACACAUGUGCUGGCAGGUGUUUAUUAGCAGCAGUGGGAAACAAAAUGACCUGGGCCAGCCGUUCGGUUACCUUAAAGCCAGCACCACUCUCACAUGUGUCAACCUCUUUGUCAUGCCUUACAACUUUCCAGUCCUUCUCCCACUCCUCGAUGAUUUGUUUAAAGUGCACAAACUAAAACCCAACCUCAAGUGGCGACAGUCGUUUGAGAUGUACCUGAAGACCAUGCCUCCAUACUACCUCUUGCCCUUAAAAAAGGCGUUAAGGAUGAUGGGUGCACCUAAUCUGAUAGCGGACACCAUGGACUGCGGCCUGAGUUACAGUGUCAUCUCCUAUCUGAAGAAGCUCAGCCAGCAGGCAAAGAUAGAAUCGGACCGUUUAAUCGUGUCUGUGGGGAAGAAGGCGCCCCAGGAAACAGGCAUAAAGGUGAAGAACCACUCCAACUCGCUGUCUCUGGCCCACCGGAGAGACUUCAAGCAGUUACUUCAGGGAAUCACCGGGGAGGGGCCGCUCCGUCCGGUGGACAUGAACUUCAAGGAGUUUGCCGGCUUCCAGAUCGCCCUGCUCAACAAAGAUUUAAAGCCUCAAGCGUAUCGAAACGCCUACGACAUCCCGAGACGCAACCUUCUGGAUCAGCUCACCCGAAUGCGCUCCAAUUUGCUGCGGACAUCACAGAAACUGAUCAGAGGGCAAGAUGAAGACUACCUUCACAGUAUUCCAGUGGCUCAGAUGGGAAAUUAUCAGGAAUAUUUAAAAAUGAUGCCGUCCCCUCUGAGAGAGAUCGAUCCUGAUCAACCUAAACGGCUGCACACGUUUGGGAAUCCGUUCAAGCAGGACAAAAAGGGGAUGAUGAUCGAUGAAGCAGAUGAGUUUGUCGUGGGCCCUCAAAACAAAAAAAGAGGAAAUUCCAGUGAUUCCAAUUCAAGUACUACCAUGAAGAGAAGGCGGAGCAUGUCCCCACUGCUGCGGCGGCCUCAGACUCCACCAGGAAACACGAACCAUGUGGUGGCUGGAAAGAGUCCGGCAGGAGUUCAAGGGCAGCAGAACCUCCUUAAACCUAUCCCGCAGCACAAAGGAGUGGACAGCAACAACGCUGUGGUCACCGAGAGCAAUGGUGACAGGGCUCUCGGGCCUGACUCGGGGGAGAUCUGGCCCGCUGAGAUGGACGCAGCACCACCGGAGAACGCAUCCUUGCUGAGCCUGGAGGAGAAGGUCGGGCUGGAGGCUGCAGACCCGGUGGAGGAGGAAGUGGACGUGACGGAGGAGAGGCUCGAGGAAGAACAUCCGAACGAGCAGCCGCUGGAGGAGAAACUCAACUUUGAACGGCUGAGUCCGCAGAGCCAGCUAGAAAGCGAUGAAGGUGAAGCUGAAGCUGAAGCUGACCCGUUCGAGUCCAGUGAGACCAUAUUCAUAGCCCCACUAGAUGGCAGCCAUGCGGAGCUGCGGUCUCAGGUCAUCAAGGAGGUCCGCAAACCAGGACGAAACUAUGAAGCAAUACUGGGACUACUGCAGCAGGUCAAAGGACCGGUUAAUGUACAGAAGUUCUUCAUCCAACAUGCUAUCAAAGAGGCUUCCAGGUUCAAGAAGCGGGUACUGAUCCAGCAGCUGGAGACGCUCCUCACCGAGUUGGACGAGAAGCACGCAACAUCUUCACGGCUUCCCAAUGAUCACGGCAGAUAGUUUCGCUGCUAGAAAAAAGGAAUUCCUUCCUUUUUUUAUUUUUUCAUAAGAACACUGUGUCAAGUGUUGGAUAAACCACCUUAAGAGACGUCCUUGUUGAGCAGCCUCAAAAAGACCAAUUGGGGAACUUUAGUGAGGGAGAGGACAAAUGCACUGAUAGCAGAUGCUUCAACGCUCCACGUGCUGUUACAUCACUUCCUGUUAAAAGGGGGAAGGAAGAGGUUUCACCGGAGGAGGGGCCUUCAGGAUCCAACCGCCGGGGGAUGAGGAAAGAGACUUUAAAUAUAAUCCCCUUUGUACUGACAGAUGCCUUAAACAUCCAUAUGGCUUUUGUCUGUAUCGGCACAUUAACUCAGUAGACACACACACACUCCGUCACACACACACGUACAAUAAGCCAACAGAUCCCUGAAUGGCGGAGCGAGGGAUAAACAGGAGUAUUCCUGAUUUUCUUUAAAAGCAGACCUUUCUUCAGCUGGUCUGAAAAGAGUUUGUGGGACUGCAACAAAUCUUUUUACGAGUAAUAAAAUGUUUCACAGAUCUGUUGCUGACAGGACAAAUCUGCUCUGGUAUAUUUUUUACCUUCAUUGGGAUGCACUGAUGUUUAUUUCGUUCCCAAACUGAUGCUGUUAUCCAAUAUGUUCCCAUUCCUACUUGCUGAUACUGAUAAUGUCAUUUUAUAUUGUGAUAGCAAUAUAUACAUGUUUCAAAUUCAAUUAAGAAAUCAUUGAUAAAAUAACCAGAUGCUACUGCCUGUCUUUGUUUAAUCCAGACAAAAUACACAACAAAUGAAGGUACUUCAUCACAUUGAUGCAAACAUACUGCAUAUCCAAAACAUGCCAAAUUCAACAGAUAGACCCUAGUAUGAAUGGUGUAGCAAAACCUCAAAUGAUAGACAGAUAUCUCUAAUCUCACAGUACAUGUUGUCAUAUCGCACAACCCUAAUAACAUUUAUUUAAGUUUAAACAUCACACAUGCCAGUCUUAAGGUAAGGUAAAUAAAUGGCUUUUAAAUGUUCUAAUGUUAAUUUGUGUACAAAUUGGACAGCUAUAUUGUGUAUGGAUACACUCCUGGAGACAGACUUCAUAUUAUAGUGUAUGCAUUAUUUUAUAGAUGUAUCUGUGUUGAAGGCUCUUGCACAACACUGUCAAACAUGAAACAGGACAGUUACCUGCCAUUAUAGCAAUAGAUCUCAUGUUCAGGACAACUUGUAUGCAGCUGUUGGUGUCCACUUGAGGCGACCCCUCCACUCCCCAACACACACACACACACACACGUUCUUCCACAAACCCUCCAUUGUUAAGCAGAAUUCCGACUUUAUUCGAAGGAAUUUCUGCGUGUGUCCGGACUCAGUCGCCACCUGUUGUUACACAUUUCACAUAAACCCGAGUCAGCAGCCCUCCUCUGUUUCUCUCCUUGUUUUUACGACAGAUGUACACUACUUUUUAAAUGUUCAUAAAUAAAAAUAGAUUAUUUUUGUGAAUUUGUUUAUUUCAGAGUUUAAGAAAUAUUUUGGAAGCCAAUUUUGUAAACUGUUAAAUGCAUAUAUAAAGUGGAAAGUUUAUUGAGCUACUGUCUUUUUACAAAAUGAAUAAACCACAAGUAGAAUGGUGUCUGCUGCU